AGAAUGGGUAAAGUGGGCAACUACGUAUUUACUUAUGCAUGUUUACGUUUGGAGAUGAAAUCCCAUCGAAAUUAACUUAGCAAUCAAAGGACGAGCGGCAAAGUUGGUCUCGGAGGGAAUUCAGUGUAAAUCUUAUUCGACUUUACUCUUCGUUUUUCUGAGCAGACGAUUUAAUAGGUACCAGUCGAAUACUGAGGUUUAUUUAAUUAAUUAAUCCUAUCCCCUAAUAUUUGUGGCCUAGUGCCUAUUAUGAGAAAUUUAUAUCGUUAUUGUAAACAACUACGUAAUACCUGAUGGUGUUAAAAACACUCCACCCUGCUUCUCUUCAAACUUACGCUAAUCCCAUCGCAACCUGCUCUCUUCUCCAAGACGUCUAUCAACACUUUACUCACUAUCUGAACCACCCACAACUCGCUUCUCCCACACACGUUUUAUAGUUCCUCUCUCUCUCUCUCUUACGGAAAGGUGCCUCCCCUUUAUGUGAAUACUACCGUCCCUACUUCUUCAUUAAACUGAUCUACAUCUAUCUGUCUAUCUCCGUCUGGCUGUCAGUCUGAUAUACUAAAUUAGUAAGAGAAGUAGGUAGCGCCAUUGUUGUAGUUUAGUAGGAAAGCUAAGACCACUGCUAUCACAACCAACAUUACUACCAUUCUCUCUUUUAAUGUUUACUUACAAGCUCAGUUUUGUUUCACCGGCAAUGCAUUCGCUCUCAGUCACCUGCACUACAUCUGUUUAUUAACCAAUGUAAUAAUUUUAUUGUUAAAUCAAGCACAGACAUACGCAAUUAUACAAGAACAAUAAGAGAAAAUAAUUAUACGAACAUUAGUGAUCCAGUGUUCAGGAUUAUAUUCUGUUCACUGAGAAGUGAGAUCGUUGGCAAAUUUACGUCAACAACAACAAACACAAGAAGAACAAAAGUAAACAUAACCUUUAAAUCGAAACAUGCCUCGGUUAGCUGGGACCGAACCUACAGUAGUGGCCACACCGCCACAUGCCCCGUCGCAAAAGAAACUAAUUGUUUUAGUUGACAUGGAUAUGGUGUUGUGUGAUUUUGAAUCAUACUUUUUGGAGAAAUACCGUGAAAAGUAUCCGACGGAACCUUAUGUGCCAUUAGAAGAACGUUGUCAGUUCUACAUUCGGGAACAGUACGCCACUAUACGACAGGAUCUUUCGGUGAAAUGUCGUGAGAUUUACUGUGCUGAAGGAUUCUUCUUGAAUAUACCUGAAAUACCAGGAGCAGUGGCUUCUGUCAAAGAGUUGAGUAACAUGGAGAAUGUUGAAGUAUUUAUUUGUACCAGCCCACUUAUUGGAAAUUACAGAUACUGUGUCAGAGAGAAAUAUGAAUGGGUUGAAAAUCACUUUGGUAGUGACUGGUCAAGUAAAGUAAUAAUAACCGCAGACAAAACAGUGAUCAAUGGUCAUCUUCUUAUUGAUGACAGACCACAUGUAAGAGGUGCAAUGAAACAUCCAUCAUGGAAACAUAUUCUGUUCAAUGCCUGCCACAACAAUAAGAUGACAUUUCCUGAAAGCAAGAGACGACUUGAGAAUUGGUUAAAUGGUGAAUGGAGGGGGCUGAUUAGUGAGUUUAAGAAGAAACAUCUAAUUGAAUGAAAGACAGUGACAAAGGAAAUUUUGUGUGUGUGAGAGAGAGAGAGAGAGAGAGAGAGAGAGAGAGAGAGAGAAGAGAAAGAGAGAGAGUGAGAGAUAAGGCGGGGAGAAGUUGAAUGAAAGAGUGAGAAUCUGUUAGAAUAUUGUAUUUUUUUAUAGAUUAUAUUAACAUUUCCAUGUAAGAAUUCUGGUAAGAAUUUUGGGCAUUUAUUUACUACUGGGGCAAUUAUAAUUUUACAUUGUUUUGCUUCUACUAACCAGUAAGCUGUGAAAAAAAUUGUGAACCUUGUGUGUCAGCCAGGUAGACUGAGAAUGAUGAACUACCUGGCUCCUUUAGAGAACACGGAACAAAACACAAUGCCUGUACUUUAAUUUGUACUCAUGACCUUGUUUAUACUAAUGAAUGGUUAUAGUUUUUCUUUUUAAGAUGUAAGCAAUACAUAUUUUAUUUAUUGAAGAUUUAGUUUAAUAAUUACAAAUAUAAUACAAAACCACAUUAAAAUACAAAUCCAAGAAAACACAAACAUGAGUGAAGAAAGAAAGAAAGAAAAAAGAGGAAAAAGGGGAAGAAAGGAAAAAAAACAUAAAUUCAACACCAAGUGCUUCAAUUGGUUGCACAGCACAAGCUCGGUGGAACCCAUUGAAGCAAGCCAACAUGCUCUUGAUAUUACCAUGGACAAUGGUGAGGCUUAAGUAUUCGAAGAAUCUGGUGCUGGUGCUGGUCUUGAGUAAAUAAUUGCACUGUUUCAUCAUCAUCAUCAUCAUCAUCAUUUAAUGUCCGUUUUCCAUGCUAGCAUGGGUUGGACGGUUCGACUGGGGUCUGGUAAGCC